CACGACAAGGACGCGCACUGCGUCGCCGUCGCGCCGAAGGGGAAGCUCGUCGCGAGCUGCGCGGGCGACAAGACGGCCAAGCUCUGGGACCCGGAGACGCUCGAGCUCCGGGGCGCGCUCGCGGGCCACAAGCGCGGCGUCUGGCGCUGCGCCUUCUCCGCGACGGAGCGCUGGCUCGCGACGUGCUCGAGCGACAAGACGGUCAAGGUCUGGGCCGUCGCGUCGCUCCAGUGUUUGGCGACGCUCCAGGGCCACGAGGAUUCCGUGCUCGCGCUCGCGUUCCUCGGCGGCGACCAGCUCGUCUCCGGGUCCGCCGACGGCGUCCUGAAGGUCUGGAGC